GCGCUCCAAAAAAAGAAAGAAUCCGUUUCUUCCUGUAGAUCUUUCUCGAUCCAGUUUUUCAAAGAAGGAAAGGAAAGGAAAUCUUCUCCCCAAAACUUCUUUUCAAUUUUGCAACUUCGACGGUCUUCUCUACCAAAACAAUUUUCUAUGAAUCUGCUCUCACACUCAAGAAUUUGUUUGAAGCCUUUGGCGAAUCUAAGGAUGAUUGCUUGGAACUGAAUGUGGAUGUUAUCACUAAUUCUACUCUCAAUAAAAGAGUGAAAGACAUAAAAGAUUAUCAUGGAAGUGGGGAUGAGUCGAGCAAGAAGAUGAAUAAUAUCAAAAUAGAAAAAAACUAGAGACUAGAUAUUUCAUUUUACGGUUUCGAUGGAUCCGUCUCUUGAUUUAAUGUGUUUAUUUAAUUUUUGUUUUAGACAAUUUAUGAUAUAUAACUGUUGGACUCUGGAUCGCGACCCGUUUAAAAAUAUUUUCAGAGUAAUGUGGAAGUACAAUAAUAAUCAAAUCAUGACACAUUUUAAAAUCUUGAUGAUCAAACAUUUUCCUGACAUCCUUGCAUCUCCUCUGACUCAAUGCCCUCCGGGAGUGGUUCCAUCAUAGUCUUCUUGUUACCUACGUAUGACUUAUAUAUGUAUCACAUAUACAUUUUGGAGAUAGUUUCAACAUAUGGAUUAACAUAUAUGUUCAUGUAUGUAUGUGAUGAAUGAUUCGACAAGUCUAACGCAAGGGUACAGACUUGGAAAUCAUCGGCCGAAACCUUACGGAUGAACGGGAGUGGAAACAACAUCGAAAUUCACCAACUUUGUCAUUCUCUUCACAAUUGGACAGCCUGCCGUAUUUUGGGCAUAUCUCCAUCGUUUCUUCACGGAAUCGCAAACCGUUUGAUUCCGUGGAUUCCUAAGAUGUAAGGCUAUAACUUUUGUAUAGAAAGUAUUUCAAGUUAACAGAUGUAAGAUAGCGUAAAUUGGUCCUGAAGUCAAAGGAUAGUUGCUGUCCAGGAUUUCGGAUAUGCCAAUGAACAACGAUUCCGACAAUUAACUCAUUAACUUCAAUAUUCCAACACCGAACCUUCUCUAUGAUACCUUCCGGAUGUUCCUAAUAAUCGUUAGAGAGUUUAUGGUAUGUGUUUGGAAUGAAACAACAUGAAUAUGGUGAGGAAAAUGGUCCAACCCGAGGAGCUCGCCAACACUGGCGCAGUCCCGGUAUUUUGGCCUUAUCUUCUUCGUUACUUAACGAAAUCGCAAGCCGUUUGUUGGGCUGGAUUCGUAUCGUCCGGGGCUACAAAUUUGGUUCAGAAAGUAUUUCAAGAUAAUGGAUGGAAAAUUACAGAACUUACGAAGAAGUUGAUGUUGCGUUUGGAACUCAUGAUUUGGAAACUAUGGAUGGUUUCUUGCUUGCUUUUCCUUCUUCCUUAGCACACAUCCAUGGAGCAUUUUUGUGUUUUCUUCCUCCUUAGUUGCUGCCGACAGAGAGGGAGUGAGAAAAGAGAGGGGUUGUGGGUGGUGUGUGGAAGAUAAUGGUAAUGAUGAUGAGAAUUUUGGAAUGAUAUAUAAGAAAGUUGGACUUAUUAU